AUAUGAAAUAAGUAAGCCGCCAUAUUUUUGUUUUUUUCCUUACCGGGUGCUUUGGCGCAUAUUCCUUCAUUAAUUUCGUUGUUAUUCGAGUAUUAUACACCAACUUAGAUGGUGCAAAAUACAUCGCCUAAUGGCUCAAGAAAGAACAAUUGUACAUUUGCUCGCUGGCGGUGCUGGCGGUACAGCUGGAGCAGUAUUAACAUGUCCUCUAGAAGUGGUGAAGACACGUUUGCAGUCCAGCGUCGCUUCCUUUAAACCUUCAGCAAACGGAUAUGUUAGUCAGGUGACCUUUUACCCAGCGCAUCAUUUUGCAAGUGCUCGAUUCAGCACGGCAAUUACUUCUUCAACUCACAGCAGAUUGAAUGUGGUACAGGCCGGCGUAGAGACCCUUCACAACUCCCCUACAACGCGAAGUUCCAUCGGAUUGACAACUUGCAUAAAGUAUAUAAUACAACACGAGGGUGGACGCGGACUAUUUAAAGGAUUAGGACCUAACUUGGUUGGCGUUGCCCCAUCGAGAGCCAUAUAUUUUUGUGCUUAUGCUCAAAGCAAAGCCUUCUUAAACGACAUCUUUGAUCCCGAAACCCCAAUUGUGCAUAUCCUAUCGGCAGCUUGCGCAGGUUUUACAGCCUCGACUGCCACUAAUCCUAUAUGGUUCAUUAAAACACGAUUACAAUUAGAUCAGAAGAAAGGUAACGGGAAGCUUACUGUUCGUCAGUGUGUAUUAAAUGUAAUGAGAACGACUGGUAUUCAAGGUUUUUAUAAGGGAAUGACUGCUUCUUAUUACGGAAUCAGUGAAACUGUUAUUCAUUUCGUCAUAUAUGAAGCCAUUAAAGCGAGAUUACGUGAAAUAAAAGGACAAUCUAUUCAUGAGGAAGAUAGAUCAACAAUGGAUUUCAUGGAAUUCAUGGCUGCCGGCGCAGUAUCCAAAACUAUAGCUACUUGUUUAGCCUAUCCUCACGAAGUUGCUCGUACUCGACUCCGACAAGAGGGUAAUAGAUAUAGAAGUUUUUGGCAAACGUUAGCCUUAGUGGGUAGAGAAGAAGGGCCAAAAGGAUUAUAUAGAGGACUUACUACGCAAUUAAUUCGUCAAAUACCUAACACGGCCAUAAUGAUGGCUACCUAUGAGGCAGUCGUAUACUUAGCCUGCAAGCAUUUAUAUCCCGAUUCGUUGGAUUGCGAUGAUUAA